AAUGCUGGUCUCGCAACUGGUCUUUUUAUUCGCUUGGUUAAUGGGUACUUGGAAGUAGAGGCUGCUAUUCGUAGUAGCCCCCCUAUUUUACCUGUUCCUAUUACUUGCAAAUCCCUGCCCAAGGUCAUCCAUCCCUCAUCGCAUGAAUUGAAGCUCAAGCGAUGCACUCAUCCAAUUGCAUCUGGAUCUAUGGUUACUAACGUAUCUGUCAAUACUUCAAAUGCUCCAUUCUCCAUCUCCAAAGGAUUUACAUGCAUCUGCGAGACCAAGUGGCUAGCUUCUGACCACAGGCAUGAAGAGCCUUUGUCCAGGACUAACUUUCAUUGGAGUUCAGGGUUGCAGAACCCCAAUUUGCUAUUUGUGAAUUAUCAUCCCUCAACUGGUCUCAAAUUUUUGAAUUCCUCUUUAGAAAAUCAGCAGACUCUGCGACUGUCCUGGAAAAAGGACAAUGUCAAACUUUUGCCAAAUGGUCUAAGAACUAAAAAUUCUUGGUUGCUCUACCAUAUAACCGCUGGAAACGGGCGAACUGGAUCGAUGAAUGAUGGAAGAAGCCGUCGUAUUAGAGUACUGAAAUAUCACCGACAGGGUGAUUAA